CAUCAAUAUUCAGAACCCAGAGAGGAGGGGUCUUAACCCUUUGCGGGCUGGCCGGCCGGAAGGCGGCCCCUCCCCCGUGCGGGCGGGAACAGGAUAUGAGCCCGGGCGGGGGAGGAGGGGAAGCCCCAGGCGACCGCCCCCCGCCCCACCACUGGGACCGGACUCUCCAGACACAGAGGUGGCGCCGCCGCCGCCGCCAGAUCCCGGUGCCAUCCAUCCUGAAGCCUGAGGGGUCUACAGUUGCAGACUCCAGCCGUCUGAAAUUCUGCACCGCGUCCUGAGAGACCCCGAAACCCAGGCCCCAGCGUCCAGGCAGGCUAGAGGACCCCAGAUAUUCAGGUGCCCAGCGCCCCCUCCUGGAGGAGGAGCCAGGAGUCCGGGACAUCAGCCCCGCGCGACCCUGGACGCCGAGCUUCCUGCAACCGGUUUCGAAGAACUUAGGAUCUCAGACCGGAGAUUCCCUCCAGAGUUUUUCCCAGAAAGCUGAGCCCAAGACUCCCGGGACUGGAGGAACGUGGGAUACGGACUCCUAGAGCUCCAUCCAGCCCGUUUGGGGCUGAAGCGCCCACUACUUAAAGAGGACACUGGAAUUUGGGACUCUCUGCUCUACCGUCUGGAAAUAGUUUAACCCCUGCUUUUAGAGUUAGGGAACUCAGGAAUCCAGCCCUCCCCCCACCCCACGACCCUGUCUAGAAGACUCAGGAACUUGGGUUCCCAGCACCCCCAUCUGAGACUCGAGCGUCGAGGCUCCCAGCAUCUUCCGUUUAGAGGACGAAAGAAAUCUGAACCACUGCGCCCGGUUUUCCGAGAGACCCGGGAUUCUGGUUCCCGGAGCCGGAGAGCCCGAAGUUCACACCCCUGACUUGCAGAGACCCGAGAGUGCCUGCUCUGCGCCUCCCCGGGAACCGUGCUAGGGUCAAAUAGGAACCGGGCUGCCUCGGUUCGGGGCUGGAGACUCCCGGGGAGAAGCCGCUGAGCCACUCAGCCAUGCCCGAGGGAGCCCGUGGACUGGGCCUGUCCAAACCCAGCCCUAGCCUCGGCCACAGAGGUGAAGUGUGUGACUGUGCGGCUGUGUGUGACACUCGGACAGCAGCCCCUGCCACCCCUGCCAUGACCUCCCCCCGAGGGUCUGGGAGCUCCACAUCCUUGAGCACUGUGGGCUCCGAGGGGGACCCGGCUCCCGGCCCCACCCCAGCCUGCUCAGCCUCGAGGCCAGAGCCCCUUCCAGGGCCCCCCAUCCGCCUGCAUCUGUCGCCUGUGGGGACCCCGGGUUCUGCGAAACCCUCGAGGUUGGAGCGUGUGGCCCGUGAGAUCGUGGAGACAGAGCGGGCCUACGUCCGGGACCUCCGAAGCAUCGUGGAGGACUACCUGGGCCCUCUGCUGGAUGGCGGGGUCCUGGGGCUGAGUGCGGAGCAGGUGGGCACGCUGUUUGCCAACAUCGAGGACAUCUACGAGUUCAGCAGUGAGCUUCUGGAAGACCUGGAGGGCAGCAGCAGCGCCGGGGGCAUCGCCGAGUGCUUCGUGCAGAGGAGCGAGGAUUUCGACAUCUACACGUUGUACUGCAUGAACUACCCGAGCUCCCUGGCCCUACUCCGGGAGCUGUCACUGUCCCCGCCAGCAGCCAUGUGGUUGCAAGAGCGCCAGGCCCAGCUCCAUCACUCGCUGCCCCUGCAGAGCUUCCUGUUGAAGCCCGUCCAGCGCAUCCUCAAGUACCAUCUGCUGCUGCAGGAGCUGGGCAAGCACUGGGCGGAGGGCCCGGAUGCUGGGGGCCGUGAGAUGGUGGAGGAGGCUAUUGUGUCCAUGACAGCAGUCGCCUGGUACAUCAAUGACAUGAAACGCAAGCAGGAGCAUGCUGCGCGCCUCCAGGAGGUGCAGCGGCGGCUGGGCGGCUGGACCGGUCCGGACCUCAGCGCUUUUGGGGAGCUAGUGCUGGAGGGCGCAUUCCGAGGUGGUGGAGGGAGCGGCCCUCGGCUUCGAGGAGGUGAACGGCUGCUCUUCCUGUUCUCACGGAUGCUGCUCGUGGCCAAGCGCCGGGGACCGGAAUACACCUACAAGGGCCACAUCUUCUGCUGCAACCUGAGUGUGAGUGAGAACCCUAGAGACCCUCUGGGGUUCAAGGUGUCUGAUCUGACCAUUCCCAAGCACAGGCACCUGCUCCAGGCCAAGAACCAAGAAGAGAAAAGGCUGUGGAUUCACUGUCUCCAGCGCCUCUUCUUUGAAAACCACCCCGCCUCCAUCCCUGCCAAGGCAAAACAAGUCCUCCUUGAAAACAGCCUGCACUGUGCUCCUAAAAGCAAGCCUAUCCCAGAGCCCCUUACACCCCCACUUGGGUCUCCCCGACCUCGAGAUGCUAGAAGUUUCACUCCUGGACGAAGGAACACAGCUCCAUCACCAGGACCUGCCACUACCCGUCGUGGCCGCAGACAGUCUGAGCCUCUGAAGGACCUUUAUGUCAUGUUCCCACACGAUGCUAAGCCUAGACUCAAGCAUGCCGGCAGUGCAGGGGAGCUCUACCCACCCCUGGAGCCUCAGCCACCAGGUCCCACUUCUGGACCCCCUGAGGACCUGGAGGACACAGGACCCCCGACGCUGGACCCAUCUGGGACCUCAAUCACUGAAGAAAUCCUGGAGCUCCUGAACCAAAGAGGCCUCCGGGAUCCGGGGGGCCCACUACAGCCACCCCCCGAUGAUGUUCCCAAGUUCCCCGGAGACUCCCAAGUGCCAAGCGACAGUGACACCCUCACAUUCCAAGGCCUGCCCAGCCGAGACUCUUCAGAAGAGGAGGAGGAAGAACUGGACGUGGAUGAACGGGAGCCUUCCCCACUCCACGUCCUGGAGGGGCUCGAAGGUUCCAGUGCGGCUGAAAUUGCCGACAUUCCCAGCCUUUCCAAAAGCCCCGACAGACCCAGCCUCCCUGAAAUGCCCAGCCUUUCUGAAAUUCCCCAGAUGCCACGCCUCCCCAGCCUCUCUGACAUUUCCAGUGUUUUUGAAAUGCCCUGCCUUCCAGCCAUUCCUAGCAUCCCCGACAUUCCUAGUCUUUCCAGCACUGCCCCCCAGCUCCCCUGUGACUCCUGGCUCCAGGGACCCCCGCAGGAGCUGAAUGAGACUCUAGCCACCCGGAGGGAACUUUUCCCCGGAAGCACUUCUGGAAAACUGGGCGAGCCCUCCUCAGAAGGCAGGGCAGGGCGAGAAGAGGAUGAAGGAGGAUCAUUCCCAGAAUUCCAGCCCCCAGAUGUCACCCGGGAUCAGGGAUUCUCACAUGAGCUGGAGUUCCGCUCUUGCUCUGAAAUCCGGAGCGCCUGGCAGGCCCUGGAGCAGGGGCAGCUGGCACGGCCAGGUUUUCCCGAGCCACUGCUGAUCCUGGAAGACUCGGACCUGAGUGGAGGCGGUAGCAGUGGAGGAGGGAAGGCAGGAGUCCCGACUUCAGAGAGGUCAGCAUCCCGAGUGCGAGAGCUGGCCCGGCUUUACAGCGAGCGAAUCCAGCACAUGCAGCGGGCCGAGACCCGGGCAUCAGCCAACGCACCCCGCCGCAGGCCUCGGGCUCUGGCCCAGCCACAGCUGUUACCCGGCCUGCCCCAGGAGCAGGCCGAGCCAGGACCCCUGCCUGCCUUUGGACACGUGCUGGUGUGUGAGCUGGCCUUCCCUCUGACCUGUGCCCAGGAAUCUGUCCCCCUCAGCCCUGCUGCGCGGGUUCAAGCUGCCACACCUUUGACCAAGCUGGGAGGCUGCCAGGACAGCCAGGGUCUACGUGUUUCCAGUUUGCCUGAGCAAGGCCAUCUGAGCCUCCAGGUUCCAGCUGCUACCCCCCUGCCUGAGCAAGGAAGCCUCUGGAAUACCCAGAUUCCAGUCUCCACAACUUUGCUGGAGCAGGAUGACCCCCCAGGCAGCCAAGCUGCAGCUAUUACAAUUUCGCCAGAUCAGGGCCACCUGGAAAUCCAAGUUCCAGCUGCCAUUCCUUUACAGGAGCAUAGAGACCACGUGGAUACCCACGUUCCUUCUAGCACCUCAUCUCCUGAGCAAGGAGGCCACGCGGACAUCCAGCUUCCCACCAACCCAGCUUCACCCAAGCGGGGAAACUUCUCUGAUGUCGUGGUUUCAGCCACCAGUCCUGCACCCAAGCGAGAAGGCUGCUGGGACAGCCAGAGCCCAACCAACACCCUGGUAACUAAGCCAGGAAGCUCCAGGGAUGUUCAGUCCCCAGCCACUGCGUGUGGGCCAGCCGUCGAUCCUGUGCUUAUACGCGGAAGCAGCCUGGACCCUCAGAUCCCAGCUGACACUCCACUGCCUUUGCAGCGUGACCUCCCAGACAUUCAGGUUCCGGGUACCUCACCUUUGCCUGUACACGGAGGCCACUUGGACCGUCAGAUCCCAGCCGAUGCCCCGCUGUCCUUGCCCCAGGACCUCCCAGACUUUCAGGUUCCAGCUGCCACACCUUUGCCCCAGACAGCAGGCCUCACAGACGCCCAGGUCCAAGCCUUCCCGCCUUUGCCCCAGCAGGGAGGCCUCCGAUACAGCCAGGGUCGUGCUGCUGCACCUUGGCUUCAGGAACAAAGCCUCACAGACCUCCAGGUUCAGAAGCUGACACCUUUGUUGGAACAGAAGGGCUUCACGAAUGACCAGGAUCCAGCCGCCACACCUUUGCCUGAGCAAGGAGGCCCUACAGACACUCAGGGCCCAUUACCCACCCCAGUCCCGACCACCGUGUUUUUGGCCAAACAAGGAGGUCACUCGGUCUCUCACGCUGCCAGAUCAGAGUCUUCAGACUUGACCCCACCCCACAGUCCCCCACCCCCGACACGGAAGCUCCUGGGCCCCAAUGCGGCGGCCCUUUCAAGAUACCUGGCAGCUUCAUACAUCAGCCAGAGCCUGGCUCGGCGACAGGGGCCUGGAGGAGAGGCUCCCCCAGCCUCCCGGGGCCCUUGGUCCUCUGCCCCCACGUCACGGGCACCUUCACCGCCACCCCAGCCCCAACCCCCACCCCCCCCAGCCCGGAGGCUCAGCUAUGCCACUACGGUCAACAUCCAUGUCGGAGGUGGCGGGCGGCUACGGCCAGCCAAGGCCCAGGUCAGGUUGAACCAUCCUGCUCUCUUGGCAACUCCCCAAGAAUCUGUGGGUAUCCGCAAAGCCCAGGGGGGCCCCGAUGCCCCUUUCCACAUGUGAGUGAGGAUGUCAGUGUGAGUCAGGAUGUCGGGCUCCUUGAAAAGCAAAGACUUCAACCAGAUGCCAGAGACCUUCAGAAUUCACCCAGAAGUCCAGACACUGAACACAGGUCUAAAAAUUGCCACAGCUUUCUGACUCCUGGAAUCUUUGGCGAAUGGUCCUUGUUACUUACCUGGAUUAACCCAACAGGGAUGGGGAAGGGGGUGUCAUUAAUAUUUUGUUAACUAAUA